CCAAGUCUGGGUCCCUUAUCUCACGACAGUAGUUUAUUACCAUUAUAUCCGCCAGCUUUAUAUAUUUACUGUCAGCUCCUUAUUUGUUAUCAUUACAGUUUCUCCAAUAAUGAAGUUUUCACUUCCGGCCAUCGUUGUUUUUCUCAUAGCGAUCUUCCAGGUUUCAGUGGUGACAACGCAUGCAGCCUUACCUCCAGCACUUUAUUGGAAAUCCAAGCUUCCCACUACUCCCAUUCCUAAAUCUAUCACAAAUCUCCUCCGCCUAUCUGUUAAACCAAACGCCUUUUGGUCCCCCACCGCUCCACCAUUUACUUGUUUUCAAGUUAUUUACUGCUGUAGGGAGUUCAAACUCCAAGAUAACCCCAACACAGUUCUCUUCUUCUUGGAAAAGGACUUGAAGACCAAUCACAAAAUGAACUUGCUUUUCACUUAUACUUCCAACCAAGCAUCCUUCCUCCCUCGUGAAGUUGUGAGAUCCAUUCCCUUUUCUUCAAGACAGAUGGCUGAGAUAUUGAACAAAUUUGCUGUGAAGCCUAAGUCAGCAAAAGCUGAGGUUAUGAAGAAUACAAUUAAACAUUGUGAGGAGUCAGGGAUUAAAGGAGAGGAGAAGUAUUGUGCCACGUCAUUGGAAUCCAUGGUUGAUUUUAUCACUUUGAAGCUUGGGAAAGACGUGGAAGCUUUGUCUACCGAAGUGAUGAAGGAUACAAAGCAGCAAGAAUACACAAUAAUGCAGGGGGUGAAGAAGGUGGGAGAUGCCAAAGUGGUGGUGUGCCACAAGCUAAAGUAUGUGUAUGCUUUGUUUAACUGUCACAAAAUUGAGAACACAGUCGCCUAUACGGUGUCGUUGAAGGGGGCUGAUGGGAGCAGGGUGAAAGCUGUUAGUGUAUGUCACAGAGACACAUCACGGUGGAACCCACAACAUUUGGCCUUUCAAGUGCUAAAAGUGAAACCAGGGGGUGUUCCCAUAUGCCACUUCCUUUAUCAAAGCACCAUUGCCUGGGUUCCCAAACAAAACUAAUCAUGAAUUUCAUUCCUGGAUCGAGGAGCUGAAAUAUAUGUGAUUUUUUUUUUCAAGUCUUUAUUAUCUUUGCUUUGCUUCCUUUGCUAUGUUGUUUUUUGGUUCUGGUUUGUGUUGUUUUAGUGACUUGUACUCAUGACUUCGGUUUUUCUUUGUUCACCAAAACAUCUGUGGUAAUACAUACAUACAUACAUAUAUAUACUUAGCUGAUUACUUAA